UACGGAAGCUUGCCGCCGAAAAAUAUGUUUGUUCCCAUUAAGCCUGUUCCUAAACUCGAUUUUGACGACGAUGACAACGUAAAUCCAACGUCAAUAAUGACGCCAAUGAAUGAUAACGCAGCGGAAAUCACUAGGAGUGAAGAUUCAACAAAUCACGAUUGCGUUAAUGUUCCUAUGUCUCUUAUAACUCCCGAGCGAAAGGAGAACUCGACUAUUCCUCUCAUAAUUACUCCCUGGGGUAAAAUGGCUGCCAAUAGGGGUAUCCAAUCUAUACGAAUGGGACGUACUCUGCGGCAAAAUCAUUAA